UUCGAAUUCAGUCAAGGUUGGUCGCUCGGCGUGAGCGUAUGCUGAAGUAAAAGUGCGCGUAGCUUGUCCCUUAUAGAAAUCCUUUAUAAGAGAGAUUCGCGGAAGCUGACAUUUCUGUCAAAGUGUGAGCCAAUCGAGCAGCGAGAGCUGUCAAAGCUCCCUUACAGUUAGUGUCAUAGGUGGACUACGGUUCCAGAAGAUGAAAUGUUAAGUGUUUGGUGAACUGUACGGACAGUGAAAAGAGUGUAAAGUUUUUUUUUCUCUAACCGAAGAAGGAAUGGAAUGCUGUGAAGUGCUGUGAAAAGCAAUAGAGAAAGGAAGCAAAUUUUCACGUGGGAAGUAAAACAGCUGGCACGGAAUGCAGUCUGGAAUGUUCGGUUUAUGUUGAACCGGAAGUCCCCGGGACAAGCUACGCGUACUAUUACUGGCCCUUCCUUGUCAAAGCCGCUGUUUUGGAACUUGCCAGUUUGGAACCGGAUUCGCUGGAGGAAUCCUUUGUUGAGGACGAUUUUGCCAGCGCCCUGCAAACUUUGUGUGAAGGAAUUUUCCCAUGCUGGGGGAGCCACCCUCUCUCACACUGCAUUGAGGUGCGUCAUCUACGUAUUUAGUGUGCAAAAAGCACCAACACUGUUGAGAACAAAAGCAACAACAUUAUUUGACUGUGUCGUCGUCGCCGCCGUCGUGUUGUGGAAAUUUAACAUAGUUUGCAAAGGAUGGCGUUGGAGAAGAAACAGAACGAAAUCAUCGUGUUGAACGAGGGUUACUCGUACAUGGAAAAGGACGACGAUUCGGUGAUGGUUGCGAAUUGCACCUGCACCCUGAUCAAAAGCCACGAUUGCAACAUCAUAGUCGAUACUAUGACCCCUUGGGACGGCGAUCUACUUUUGCAAAAGCUGCAGAAAAAUCGCUUAACACCGGACGACAUCCAUUGGGUAGUGAGCACACAUGGACACUCCGACCAUCUGGGGAAUAAUAAUCUGUUCCUAAAGGCCAAGCACAUUGUCGGAACGAAUAUCUCCCAGCGGAAUCGUUACUUCAUCCAUGAUUUCACAAGUGCUCCCUACCGUUUGUCGGAUACGAUCGAAAUCGUCGCCACACCCGGUCACACGAUGUCCUGCGUUUCGGUGUUGGUUCGCGAAAGCGUUCUACCGUUCCUGUCCGAUGCCGGUACCGACGCCAGCACCACGGUAGCCAUAGUUGGCGAUCUGUUCGAACGGCGUGACGAUAUUGCCGACAGUGCCCUUUGGCUAGAAGCUGGCAGCGAAGAUCCCAAGGCACAGAGAAUCAAUCGAGCUCGGAUGGCGGCCAUUGCCGAUUACGUUGUACCGGGCCAUGGACCGAUGUUUGCCGUUGACGAGGGCUCGAGAGCGGAACUGAAACGACAGGCUGAUGGAGGCAGUGAGAUGAAACCGAAGGGAAAGGAAUGAUUGCUGAGGAUAAGAAACAAAAAGAGACUAUGGCGAGACGAGCGCAGUGGAUUUUUAUAGAAUUCGAUUGAUUGCGAGAUGAUUUGAAAUGUGUUAAAUUUUAGAAUAAUUGUUGCUUUGAAAAAAAAACUACAGCAAGUGAAGUCAAUGAAAUAGUUUGAAUGCCAAUUUAUUGCUUUUGUUUUGCUGUUUUUAUGCUUUAUAAUAUCAAGUUCACAAAAAAUGAUCAUUAUUGAAAUCUAUAGUUAAAAAUUAAUUCAAGUAAUACACACGAAUUGGUUUUAAAAGUUUGUAUCAGCUAAUGAAACAAUUUUGCAGGAUUGAAAAUCCACAUAUAUUGAAAAAGAAGAAAUAUUAAACAAGCACGAUAUUAAUAUGCAAGUUUAUGAUCAUACAUGUAUGUUAGUGGAAUUAGAGUUUCAAGUUUCUUAACAAUUAUGUAUUUGUGACAUGGUAAAAAAAAACACGUAUUACUGAAAACAAGAAAAACAAACAAAAAUGUAGUAGUUUUAAAUGUUUAAUCUUUGUUCGAAGGAAAACAAAUAGUUCUACAAUUGCAGUUGAACGGUACCAAUUUCCAAAAAGGUUGUGCUGAAAUAAGAAAAAAAAAACACAGUAGUAGAAACCCAUGUUUUGGACCCGCCCGGUUCUGUAGGAGCGUGGGCGGGCCGUGCUUCAGAACAAGAAUGCCAAUGAACACACAAAAAUAUGCAAACUAAAAUACUUAAUUAUGAUUGUUUAUUUGUUUAGAGAAAUUAGGAUCGGUACAUAAUAAUACAUCGUUUCAACAGAAAGACUCGCAAAAGAUAACAUCCGAUUUGCGAGUCAACCGAAAGUAUCAACAUCUACUUUCACACUAUUUGGAUCUAAUUCGAUUUAAAACCGGAGAAUAACAUCAACGAAUGGAAGUAACAUCUGGAAAAGAGUAAGGAAAGCUAAUGUCACUUAUAUAUAAAACUAAACAAAACCAAACGCUAAUCAAUGUUGUUAUGAAAAGACAAGUGUUUUCACUAACCACUAACCAUUAUACGCAGCAGAAUGAUCAUUCAUACCCAACAUUUAUCAAAACUCAUCCCUUAGCUUGUACUCUCUUCACCUAGAAGGAGCUCAUUAAAAGUCUAGUGUUAGAAAUAACCUCAUGCAAAACUGAUAAACGUUAGGACGGUGCUGGUUUAGUAGACAGACAAUGUCGAAAAUCCGGCACUUCCACUCGUAUGACACGUUGAAAGAUACAAUAAACCGUGCGAAAAAAAAAAAACAAAAUUUACAGCAGCAUGCAGCUGUAUCUUUUACUAGCAGAGUAUAAUCUUAAUGAAAAAAUGUUUUGGAUUAAGGAACUAGCUUUAAGAUCUAGAUUUAAGAAAGCAGCAGCAUGAUCAUUUAUAAUAUUGUUCAUAUUAUAAAGAAUAUGAAUAAUAUCACAAGCAAGACGCGAAUAAUAAAUGUCUUGUUAAAAGGUAUAAGAAAAUUGUUAUAAAUAUAAUAUAAGCAAACGCAUACUAAUAAGAAUGUUGAUUAACUGAUAUGCUUUAAACAAUGAAAUAAGCAGCAGCAUGAUUUCAAACUAUAUGAGCUAUAUCUGUGUGAAAAAAGGCGAAAAAUAUCACUAUGCAAUAUAGAGCAAACAUAUUAAUAUUUAAUAACCACUUGAUUGUAUUGCAUGAAGCAGAAUACAAGCAAAUGGACCGCAACGGCAAAUGAAAAAAAGGAACAAAAUGAAAACCCAAGUCGAAAACCAAUUAAUCAUCCUUGAACAAGAGGAUGACAACCAUUCUGUGCAGAGAAGAGGCGCAUAAUGAUUCACUGUAGAACUCGAAAACCAUCUUUAUGAACUAUCCAUAAGGACAAAACCAGAAAACUGUAUGAACUAAGAAACCAUGUGAGAGGCUAACUGAAAUCAUAGCCUCCACAGUUGAAUAAUCCAAGAGAAGAUCAUCAACAACAACAACCGAGAAAAGAAGAACAACAACAACAACA